UUUUGUACGCUUUUUUUCAAAAACUUUACUUUUACAUAUAAUGGCUAUUGAUACUGCUGCACCAGCAAAGGCUUCUUGGGCUGACGAGUAUGAGGAUGAAGAAGAUUCCUAUCAACCUCAAGUAUAUACCGAUGAUGAUGGUAACAAAAUUAUUAUUGAAUUCAGAGAAAAUGAAGAUGGCAAGAAAGUCAAGGUUACUCGUAAGAUUCGUUCAAAGCUUGUUACUGAACAUGUCAACAAAGCUGUUGCUCAACGUAAGAAGUGGGAAAAGUUUGGUGAGGAAAAGGGCAAGAAGGCUGGUCCUGAUCUUUCUACAACCACCAUUGGUGAGAACAUUCCCCUCAAGUUAGGAUCUAACACUGGAAAGAACGUUGAUGCAGUUGCAGAGGAAGAGGCCAAGGAUAAGAUUCAAAGUCAACUCAAGACCAAAAAUAUUGCUUGUCGUAUUUGUAAGGGAGAGCAUUUCACAAGUAAGUGUCCUUACAAGGAUACUAUGCAACCUUUGGAUGAAAUUGCUUCUACCAUUGAAGCUGUCAAACUCGAUGGUGGUGAGUCAGCCGGCAUGAUGGAAUCAAGCGGUUCUGGACCCAGUAAAUACACACCUCCUCAUCUUCGUAACAAGGGAGCAGCUGCUGGACCUGGUGAGUCUAUGCGUGGUGAUAUCAAGCGUGAUGAUUCUGCUACUCUCCGUGUCACAAACUUGUCUGAAGAUGUUACUGACAAUGAUAUAUAUGACCUUUUCAACCGUUUCGGUAGCAUUGCUCGUGUCUAUUUGGCCCGUGAUCGUGAUACCAACCUUUGUAAGGGUUUCGCCUUUGUUUCAUUCAAUGAUCGUGAGCAUGCUGAAAGAGCUCAACAAGCUAUUAACGGUUACGGUUAUGAUAACCUCAUCUUAAGAGUCGAAUUUGCUCGUAGCACAUAAAAAGUCACUUACACAUAAUAAAAUAAUGUAGUUUUUUUUUUAA